AUGGUAGAGCCGCGCACAAUCCAGAAAUGGCCCGGGAACGGCACUGUGCCAACGUCACUCUCCUACCGCCGCAACAAGAUAUACUGGGGAUUUCAGACGCAGCAGGAGGAUGAAGACUUAGAAGUCCACGACUGGUUCAAGAUAUUCUUGGAUAAACGGGAAUAUGAAAAAUUCCGUUUGCGUGGGGAGGAUGUUCCACCAUCUCACGCCGAUGUGAAAUCUUACUAUCGAGACUUUUUGAAAAUGCUCUAUGCUCAUAUCAAGAAGAUGCUGGGUACAGAGCUACCCGCCCUGAGCUUCGAAGAUGAGACGAUAGAGUUCAUAUUUUCUGUCCCGACCACCUGGAGUCCUGGUGUAGCAGAGGAUCUGAGAACAUUGGCGCGCGAGGCAGGCUUCGGGCAAGAUGGCGUAAACCACUCUGUGGAGAUCGGCUUGACGGAGGCAGAAGCUGCUGCAGUAUGCACUCUUGGAACCGAGUCCGAAAGAUACACGGAUGGAGACAUAAUGCUUGUUGUCGAUGCUGGCGGUGGGACCACCGACCUGGCCCUUCUAAAGGCAGAAGUGGAACAAGGUAGCAGGCCGACCUUGAAGCAGCUCGAUGAAGUCCGAGGGGACGAAAUUGGAAGUGUAGAGAUCGACGUCGCAUUCGCAAGGUUAGCAGAAGAAAGGCUGCUUCAAGCUGCACCUUAUAUCGGCCUCGAGCCCAGCUCCAUCACUUCAGUCAUUAAGAAAAUGUGCAAGGGUGGGUUUAAGGUGAUCAAAGAGGAAUACGGAACCGAGGACUCUGACCAUCUCCAUGUGCGUGCCAUCGUCAUUCCUGGAAUAGCCGGUCACCUAUCGUCCGAGGCUGGCGAUAUCCAGAAGGGGAAGCUCAUGCUAAAAAUGUCAGACAUGAAACGAAUGUUUGACACCCAGUUGGAAAAGAUGUACAGGUUGAUCGAUUCUCAAUUGAAUCGAAUGCGAACAGUUGCGCCGCACGACCAAGUUAAAUAUCUCGUGCUCUCAGGAGGACUAGGCAGCUCCGAGUAUGUUUUCAAACAAUUGGAGAAGAGAUAUGUCCACGAGCAGCCCAAUGUAUACGCCCCAUAUCUGAGGAUAGUCACCACGAACUAUCCUCAUCUUUCUGUUGUGAAAGGCCUCUUGAUCGAGAGGCUUCAGAAACUGAAGUUUACCAAGUCAGUCCUCAGAGCUCGCAAAUGCCGACAGUCUCUGGGCAUACUUUGCGAACAGUUAUAUGAUCCAGUCAGACACAGGGGGGCCAAAUUGAAAGUCGACCCCACAGACGGCUUAACAUAUGCGGUUGAUCAGAUAAGUUGGUUCAUUCGACAAGGCGAUCUAAUCGAGACGGAGUCUAUCGAACGGGGAUUCCAUCGCAACCUCGCUAAAGGCGCACCUCGCGAACCCUACGAAAGUCGGAUUGUCCUUUGCAACUCGAGAACAGGUCCCUUGCCUUCGAGCAUGAAAGAAGAUGGUGUGGAAUUGUGCUGUGUCAUGAGGUCAGAUCUCACUGCUGUCGAUGUGAAAAAUUUCGAAAAGGUGAAGAAACAUUGGUGGCAGUUGAAGAAGAAGCCUACAUAUUACAAAGUCGUCUAUAACAUCAGAUUCAUGAUCAACGCAGCGAAUAUCGAAAGCGAACUAUGGUUUAACGGGAAGAAGUACAGCACGCCGAACUCAUUCCGAGUGCAGUUCGAGAGCGGCAUGUGGAGGCAGCGUCCGAAGGAGCAUCUUCAGGAGCGGCAGCAGCAACGGGAUUUGGCAUUAUAA